AUGAAUCUUACAAGUAUACCGAGAAAACUUUGGGAACACAAGAAAAAGUCGACAUUUGCAUCUCUUAUUGCUUACUUCACGGGAUGGAAGAUAUACAACUGGAAAAGAGACUGUAAUAUACGAGCUAUAUACGCUCGAGAAGCAAAACAGUUUGGUGAUGCACCGUUGGAUUUAGCAGAGCGUUUACGACGUGUCACUGUUUUGGUGGAUAAAACCUGUGCGAGUGCUUUUGAUAGUUUCGAAAAGAAUGCUUUGCCAUUACUUAAUUUAGCUGGUCUACAAGUGGAUAUAAUCAAGCCUAAUGAUAUUUCUGAAUUCAAAACUAUUGCGGAACAUAUUGAUACGACAGAAUGUGAUGCUCUGUAUAUUAUUGGUGGAGAUAAUGCUUUAAGCAUUGUUCUAAGUGCAGUGUGUCGUCAAGAAAAUAAUUCACCGCUACCUAUUGGUGUUUUUCCAGGUGGUUCUGACAAUCGUUCAUUAAUCGGUUUAGUACCUGAUGUAUUUGCAGUUCAAAAUGAUAUUCGUCCAUACUGUGAAAGUGCUAUGGCUCUUAUCGAAGAACAAACUCGACCUAUUUAUUUAUCAAGCAUAAAAUUUGAGAAUUCAGAAAGCAGCACAAAUGAAGGAAAAGAACCACUUUACGGUGUAUCUGGCCUGUAUGCUGGCUGGUACGAUAGGGUUGAAGUAAACAAAGAUAAAUUAUGGUAUUGGGGUGCAUUAAAACGUUGGAUUGCUUAUAUCACAGCUUAUUUACGAUCUUUAAAGCAAUAUCCAGAAAUAGAAUUUAAUAUGAUUUAUGAAGAAUAUUGUGCCGGUUGCUCCAAAUGUCGAUCAUCACAGUCUAUAAAUGAAAAAACCAAACAGCAGACGAAUAGGCAAUGGUGGCAUUAUAUUACUGGUUCGCGUAAUUAUACUGGUGUGAAAGAUAUGAAACCGAAAAAGGAUUACUCAUUAGUACAGAAUGAGAAUUGUGGAAAAACUAGAGAAAUGAAAAUCAAAGCGGUCGAUAUAGCAUUUGAGAAUUUCCAAGACCAGAGUGCAUGCGGUCUUCGUGUUCGUAGUGGAGGUGCUGAACGCAGUAGGAUCAGUUUAUUAAUUGAUGGUUGGACAAGCGACAAAACUGCAUUAAAUGGACGAGCAAGGACUCCAGAGAAAGGUUUGAAAAUCGAGAAAAAAGAAGCGAAGAGAUUACCGAAAGUGGAUGAAGAACUGCAUGUAAGAACAAUUUUCGAACCGGUUAAUGUAGAAGCUCGUCCAGCAAAAACGAAACCAAAAAUACGUAGCAAACUGAAAUGGAAGGGAGAUGUUGAUUUAAAGGAAAAAACGGAUGAAUCGAAGCAUUCUAUCACUAAUUCCGAUAAAGUAAUUGGACUGCAUAUGAAGGACAAGAAAGAAAUCGGUCAGGUAAAGAUAGCAACGAACGAGAAAUCAAGAAAGAGUAGAGAUAAAACUGAUGAACAAGAACAAUCAAUUCUAUUGAUAAUUGUUCGAAAAAUUCUAGAAGAAAUACUUAUCUGGCUUAUUAUUAUCAUCAUUCUUAUCAUUAUGCGAUUUCAGAAUUCCUGA